AUGUCGCCAUCAGCUCCCAGCGCAGAUGAGCGGUCACCGCUCCUGCAGCCUCGUGCGGCCGCAGACGACCUCGAGGACCCGACCAAGCUGCCCAAGGGCAAGCGCAACGCCAUCCUGUGUGCUGUGUGGCUCGGCGUCUUUCUCGGCGCGCUCGAUGGCACUAUUGUCGCGACCCUCAUCUCGGACGUCUCGUCGUCGUUCAAGAAGUCGAACCAGGCCGGCCUCCUCGGCACGUCCUACCUCCUGAGCACCGCCACCUUCACGCCGCUGUACGGCCGACUGGCCGACAUCAUCGGGCGACGGGCGGCCCUCCUCAUCGCGUUCACGCUGUUCACGAGCGGGACCGCCCUCUGCGGCCUGGCGCCUAGCAUGGUCACGCUCUUGAUCGGCCGGCUCAUUGCGGGCAUGGGAGGUGGUGGGCUCAUGGCCGUCUCGUCCAUCGUCGCGUCCGACCUGAUCCCUCUCAAGCAGCGUGCGCUCUUCCAGGGUCUCGCCAACCUGUGGUUCGGCGCCGGGUCCGGCCUCGGCGGUCCUCUCGGCGGCUUAAUCUCGGACCGCUUCGGCUGGCGCACCGCCUUCCUGUUCCAGCUGCCGAUCCUCUUGCUCGCGGCCGUCCUCGUCUUCCGCAACUUGCGGUACCGCGUCGCCGGCCAGGGCAAGAGCAAGCGCGAGAUGGUCCGCCGCAUCGACUACCUCGGCUCCCUCACGCUCGUUCUCAGUCUUGGGUCCCUCCUGUUCGCGCUCUCGUUCAAGAACGACCGCAGCCUCGCAUGGUCGUCGCCUUACGUGUGGGCGCCCCUCAUCGUCUUCUGCCUGAGCGGCAUCGCGUUCGUCCUCGUCGAGGCGUUCUGGUCGCCCGAGCCCGUGAUGCCUCUGCGCAUCCUCAAGGACCGCAACGGCCUCUUUGUCGCCCUCAUCAACUUUACCGUCUCGUUCGUGUCGUUCUCUGUGCGUCGACCGUUCCUCAUCCUGUACUUCUACCCUCAGUUCUUCGAGAUUGUCAAGCAGAAGUCGGCGUCCGAGGCGGGCGCACACCUGCUGCCCAACAGCAUCGCGCUCUCGGUCGGCUCGCUGUUCGCGGGUUGGAUCAUUCGUCGCACCGGCAGGUACUACUGGCUCAUCGUCACGACUUCGGGCUUGCCCAUCAUCGCGCUCGUGUCGUUCGUCUUCCUCACCGAGUCGAGCGGCUGGUUCCACACCUGGCUCGCCAUCCUCCCGAGCGGGUUCGGCUUUGCGAGCGUCAUCACUGCGGGCCUCAUCGCCAUCAUCGCCUCGGUCGACCGCUCCGACAUGGCGACGGCGACGGGCCUCACCUACCUCUUCCGCUACGUCGGUCAGGUCGUCGGCGUCGCCUCGAGCGCAUCCCUGCUCCAGUCGGUCCUCAACUCGCAGCUCCAGUCGCGCAUCGUCGGACCCGACGCGCCGCGCAUCAUCGACCAGAUCCGCCACGUCUCGACGUCGAUCCCGUCGCUCGCGCCCGCCCUCCAAGCCGCCGCGCGCGAGUCGUACCGGCUCGCCCUGCGCGCCGUCUUCCUCCUCAACCUCGGCGUCGCCGUCGUGUGCUUCCUGACGAGCUUGCCCAUCCGCGAGUAUGCGCUCCCCGGGUCGUUCGAGGAGGAGGAGGAGAGCCGGCGGCAGAGGAGCAGCGGGACGGGGACGCCGAGGGAGGAGCAGGAGGCGGACCAGGCGUAGUUGGGACUCGGCGUCUCGUGCGGUAGACUUUACUAUCUCUCC